CGUUUACCGAGUUUUAAGGCAGAGAAACGCUGAACUCAAAUUUCCUUUCUUAUUUAUUUUUAUCCCCAAAAAAAAAAAAAACCCAUUUCUACUCCAUACCUCAGCAGUAGCCAAAUGCUCGAAGGGAAUUCGCUAUCUGUUACUCUGCAACUCUUUCAGGUGUUGGAAGUGAUUUCUUAAUAUAGUUAUCCAUUUAAGCCACUCUGGUGUUUAUACCUAGUGCCAUUUCAUCAACGCUAUUUAAGAUUAAGAUGGCAGCUUGUCUGUCACCUUAUUGUACCCCUUCUGAUACUAGAAACCCAAUGGGGACGUUAACUGUUCUUGGAGGGAGAGUUUCAGUGGAGAAUCACCUGGGGAGAGUUGACUCUCUUAAAAUGUCUGAUGAUAAGAAUAGGUAUCUGGGUGCCCAAAAGUCAAACAUUUCUUAUUUUAAAUGCUCAGCGAAGUCUAAUAGUGUUAGUCCAUAUCACAACAAAGACUCUUUUCUGGAUCUGCAUCCCGAAAUUUCAAUGCUCAGGGGUGAGGGGAACAACUCACCAAACACCCCAAGGAAGGAUAAUUCAAGUGGAAUUAUUACUGACAGCUUAGGACGGGAAUCCAAUCCAAGUAAUUAUAAUGAAGCUAAGAUCAAAGUUAUUGGUGUUGGAGGUGGCGGGUCAAAUGCAGUCAAUCGCAUGAUAGAGAGUGCGAUGAAGGGUGUGGAGUUUUGGAUUGUCAACACAGAUGUCCAAGCCAUGAAAAUGUCUCCUGUAUUUCCUGAGAAUCGUUUGCAAAUUGGUCAGGAGCUGACUAGAGGACUUGGAGCAGGAGGUAACCCUGAGAUUGGAAUGAAUGCGGCCAAAGAAAGCAAAGAGGCAAUAGAAGAGGCACUUUAUGGUUCUGAUAUGGUCUUUGUCACAGCUGGAAUGGGUGGGGGAACUGGCACAGGCGGGGCUCCUGUGAUUGCAGGUGUCGCAAAGUCAAUGGGUAUAUUGACAGUUGGUAUAGUCACUACCCCUUUUUCUUUUGAGGGACGAAGAAGAGCAGUUCAGGCCCAGGAAGGAAUUGCAGCUUUGAGAGAUGAUGUUGACACAUUGAUUAUCAUUCCAAAUGACAAGUUAUUGACUGCUGUUUCCCAAUCAACCCCAGUAACUGAAGCAUUUAACUUGGCUGAUGAUAUUCUGCGUCAGGGUGUUCGUGGUAUCUCUGAUAUCAUUACGAUUCCAGGAUUGGUAAAUGUGGAUUUUGCUGAUGUAAGAGCUAUAAUGGCAAAUGCAGGAUCUUCAUUAAUGGGGAUAGGAACUGCAACUGGGAAAACGAGGGCAAGGGAUGCUGCAUUAAAUGCAAUCCAAUCACCUUUAUUGGAUAUUGGUAUAGAGAGGGCAACUGGAAUUGUAUGGAACAUAACAGGUGGUAGUGAUUUGACUUUAUUUGAGGUGAAUGCUGCAGCAGAGGUUAUCUAUGACCUUGUAGAUCCAACUGCAAAUUUAAUAUUUGGAGCAGUGAUAGAUCCUUCAAUAAGCGGUCAAGUCAGCAUAACUCUAAUUGCAACUGGAUUCAAACGGCAAGAAGAAAAUGAAGGCAGGCCUCUCCAGGCAAGCCAACUAUCCCAAGACGUAACCUUAGGAAUCAAUCGGCGACCCUCCUCUUUUGCCGAAGGUGGUUCCGUGGAGAUUCCUGAGUUUCUCAAGAAGAAAGGCCGCUCUCGCUAUCCAAGAGCUUAAAUUAUAUCCUCAGUUUGUCCUAUCCUACACAUAUCUGCUAUUCUGCUUUGCAAAGAUGACCAUUCUAUGGAUCUACAAUACAGCAUAUGUGUACGUAAUAGUUCCAUACAGCAUCCCUUGGUGAUUUCUAGCUUUGAGAUGUUAAAGAUUGUAUGAUUGUUAGAAGGUAGUAUUCACUAAUAAGUUGUAGAUGUUUUGUUCCCAAAUUGCUAAGCAGAAGAAAAUACCCUUUUUAUUUA